AUGUGUAAGGAGAAGCUGAAGGAUCUAGUCUCCAUUCCCUGUGGACACAGAUACUGCAGACAGUGCAUCUGUAAAUGGGACUGGUCUGAAUUAGUUCAAGUCCAACAGGCAGAGUUCAGUCCUGCUAACACAGAGCACUGCUACACUGGACCUGGAGAUGUGGCCUGUGAUUUCUGCACUGGGAGGAAGCUGAGAGCUGUGAAGUCCUGUCUGACCUGCCCUGCCUCCCUCUGUGAGAACCAUGUCAGGCUUCACUACACAAUACCAGCACUGCAGAGACACACACUGGUGGAGGUGACUGGAGACCUGGAGCAGAGACUCUGUCAGCAGCACCACAGAGCUUUGGAGGUGUUCUGUAAGACUGACCAGACACUCAUCUGUAAAGUUUGUGCAGUGGAGGAGCACCAAGGCCACAGCAAACUCUACAGAGAGCUCUCUACUUUACCAGAUACAUUGAGCUUUCUCAAGCUUAUGCUUGAGAACAUGAAGACAGAAGAUUUCAAAACCUUUAAAAGAGAACUGGAUAAGGAUUAUCCAGAAUGCUUAGGGGGAAAGGUGGAGAAUCUAGAUAAAUCUGCUCUGGUUGAGAGGAUGCUGGAAAGCUUUGGAGGAGAGGGAUCAUGGAGGAUAAUAUUCAAUUUCAAGGGUGCAGCAAAUGUUUUUGGAAAAGUUAAAGAAGCCAACAAAACAAACCUACGAAAGAAGUUCCAACAAACAUCUGAAAGAGGAAAACUGGCUUUUUUCAGUGAGAUCUACACAGAGCUCUACAUCACAGAGGGUGGAAGUGGAGAGGUUAAUAAAGAACAUGAGGUCAGACAGAUUGAAAUGACCUCCAAGACACAAACUGCUCAAGAGACUCCAAUCAAAUUCAGUGACAUAUUCAAAACACUUCCUGGACAAAGAAUACAUAUCAGAACAGUGCUGACAAAGGGGGUAGCUGGAAUUGGAAAAACAUUCUCUGUGCAGAAGUUCAUUCUCGACUGGGCUGAAGGAAAAGUCAAUCAAGAUAUCACAGUCAUAGUCCCUCUACCUUUCAGGGAUCUUAAUCUGAAGAAAGAGAAAUACAGUCUCAUCCAGCUACUUCAUCACUAUGCUCCAGAACUGAAAGACAUUAAAGACAUUGAAAACGAGAAACUCAAGUUGCUCCUCAUUUUUGAUGGUUUGGAUGAAUGUCAAUUUCCUCUAGAUUUUAAGAACAAUGAGCUUUGCUGUGAUGUAACAAAAUCAACCUCAGUGGAUGUGCUGCUGACAAACCUCAUCAAGGGGAAUCUACUUCCCUCUGCUCUCCUCUGGAUAACCUCCCGACCAGUGGCAGCCAAUCAGAUCCCUCUUGAAUGUAUCAACCAUGUUACAGAGAUCCAUGGAUUUAAUGACUCUCAGAAGGAGGAGUACUUCAGGAAGCGAAUCAAUGAUCAAAACCUGGCCAACAGCAUCAUCAAGCAUAUCAAGUCAUCAAGGAGCCUCUACAUCAUGUGCCACAUUCCAGUCUUCUGUUGGCUUUCAGCUACUGUACUGGAGAAUAUGAUGAAUGAUGCAGGCACUGGUGAGAUCCCCAAAACUCUGACUGAGAUGUACACACACUUCCUACUCAUUCAAAUCAGUCUGAAGAAUAAGAAGUAUCAUGGAGCCAGAGUAGAAAACCCAAAGAAACUGUCUGAAUCAGACAAAGAGAUGAUUCUGAAACUGGGAAAACUGGCUUUCCAACAGCUGAAAAGGAGCAAUCUGAUAUUCUAUGAAGAGGACCUGAGAAAAUGUGGCAUUGAUGUGAAUAAAGCUUCAGAGUACUCUUCAGUGUGCACAGAGAUCUUUAGAGAGGAGUUGGGAUUGUACAGGGAGAAGGUUUUCUGUUUUGUACAUCUGAGCAUCCAGGAGCAUCUUGCUGCAGUGUAUGCACACUUUAUGUUUGUGAAUGAGAAAAAAAAUGUUCUUCAAACAGAAGGUCCAGGACUUGAAGGAGAUCGGUUAAAGGUACUACACCAGAGUGCAGUGAUCAAAGCCUUGCAGAGUAAGAAUGGUCACCUGGACCUUUUCCUCCGUUUCCUUCUUGGUCUUUCAUUGGAGUCCAAUCAGAUUCUUCUACAAGAUCUCACCACAGGAAGCAGUGACACAUGGCGGAGAAGCUUUAGAAGUACACUGAUGUUCAUUAAAGAGAAGAUCAGAGAGGAAUCAUCACCAGAGAGGAUCAUCAAUCUCUUCCACUGUCUGAAUGAGCUGAAUGACAACUCUCUAGUGGAGGAAAUCCAGACUUCCUUCAGAUCAGGAACCCUCUUACAUGAUGAUCUGGAACCGGGGCAGUGUUCUGCUUUGGCCUAUAUGUUCCUGAUAUCAGAGGAGGUGCUGGAUGAGUUUGAUCUGAAAAUGUACAAAACAUCAGCAGCAGGUCAGCAAAGGCUGCUCCCAGUACUGAGGACCUGCAGGAAGGCCAGAAUCACAACGCUACUAAAAAAUAGGAGUUCAGUGAACUCACCCUUGAAAGAGCUGGAUCUCAGCUGCAACAGCUUGGCAGAUUCAGGAGUGAAGCUGCUCUGUGUUGGACUGAUGAGUCCCCACUGCAACCUACAGAAACUGGGACUGAAUGGAUGUAGUCUCACACCGACCUGCUGUGUACAUCUGGCCUCAGUCCUGAGAUCCCCUCACUCUAAUCUGAGAGAACUGGAGCUGAGAGACAAUGAUCUAUGGGAUUCAGGAGUUAAACAGCUCUCUGGUGGUCUCAAGGAUCCACACUGUAAAAUACAGAUACUGGGGUUAUCAGGCUGUCUAAUCACAGAGGAAGGCUGUGCUUCUCUUGCCUCAGCUCUGAGUUCAAACCCCUCACACCUGAGAGAGCUGGAUCUCAGCUACAAUCAUCCAGGCACUUUAGGAAAGACGUACCUUUCUGCUUUACAGAGGGGUCGACAGUGUAAACUGGAGAAAUUAGAACUGGACCAUGCUGGAGAGUGCAGAGUGAAACCUGGACUAAGGAAAUAUGCCUGUCAGCUCACACUGGACCAGCGUUCAACACAGAGAAAGCUUACUCUGUCUGAGGGGAGCAGGGUGGGGACAUGGACUUUAGCAGAGCAGUCAUAUCCUGAUCAUCCUGACAGAUCUAAGACCCAUCCCCAAAUUCUGUGUAGAGAGGCUCUGACUGAACGCUGUUACUGGAAGGUAGAGUGGACUGGGAAAAGUGUUUUUAUAGGGGCUGCUUACAAAAAUGUCAACAAGAAUCAAUCAUUUGGUCUGCUUACACAAUGGAACAGAUUCUCUUUUUGGCAGAAUGGAAGAAGAACAGCUGAACUCUCUCCUCCUCAUCCCUAUAACAGUGUAGGGGUGUAUCUAGACUGGGAUGCUGGCAUCCUGUCCUUCUAUAGAGUCUUCAACGAAACAUUAACUCACCUGCACACAUUCUACACCACAUUCACUGAGCCCCUGUAUGCAGGGUUUACGAUUUAUGGUGACUCUGAAGUGACCCUGUGUGAGGUAGAAUAG